CUGUAGAAUGAGAAAGCGAAUGCAAUGCAGCCUUAAUUAACCCUAGCUAGCUAGACUAUCUUCGUGAAGGGGGUAGCUGCAUCCCAAUAUGGCGACCGGUUGUGUCGAAAUAAGUGGGUGUAUGGAAAGCGAAUCGGUCCGAUUUGUUGGCACUCAAGACUGUUUUGCGUGGCAGAUGGACUAGUCAAUAACCCGGCGGUCAGUGCUCAAUCUUCUAGUUUUGUGCCUGCCGACUCAAAGUUCUUCGUACUGUGUAUAAAUUGAUGGUCGUGUCGCCGGUGCGGUGGUAACUACGUGGCCAUUUUCUCUCGCAUUACUUUAUUUCAAGUAGGUUAGAAGCCUACACAAUAAAUAACUAAUAUUUAUAACAAUCUAGACUGUAAUACAUAGUCUACUACGGCAACAACCGGAGCAGUGCCCUUUACUCCUGCUUGGAAAGUAACGGUAACGGAAUGGAAAGUACCUACCCAGAGUGAAAAUCGGGGGCACCAUCCUGGGUUCAUCCUGUGGUCACCUGCACCCGGUGCCAUUUCCCAGAUGCAAGAAUGAUUGGACACAAUAUGGGAUUGUUCUACUCCGCCAGGCUGUCUAUCUCGGGUCACACACACAUCACAUCACAUCUACGGAAUGCCAGCUGUAGAUAAAAACGUUGGCCUCUGCUGAAGACCGCAUGAACCUGGUUGAAACAUAUGGGCAGGUUUGACAACAGACCAACAAUUCAAAGUGACUUGAAUGUUACGGUUCAAUACAUGCACCACCUCCCGACUAAUUACUUGGUUCAUCAACAAUAUCGCACACAGCAUACGCCUGACCUGACCGAGUGUGUUACGACUGCCCACGUGAGGUGGUACACAGACACCAUGCAGUGGAGGAGGCGCCACUGCUACACGCAUGUCGCUGGCCUACUGUCUCUCCUCUCGCUCCUGAUCAUCCUGGGCCAUCAAGACUGGCUGCCGGGCCUCAGGGGGCCAACAUGGCAGAGGGAGCACCUAGUGGCUUACACCGAAAGAGGACUACACUCUACCAAAGAAAAAGGGAAUCACAGCUCAUCACAGAAUCUAUGGAGGGACGCACUGGUUCCCCCUUCGCCUCCGGAAAGAAAUGCCAACCUCAGUUCCCCUCAGGACUUCUCCUUUCCACAGGGGAUUACGGGACUGGAGAACUCAGUGGCGGCUAAUGCUAGCUUGAGUGGGGAAGUCGGGCUAAGGGGCCUGCUGACCUCAGAGCCAUACCCUUACAUCAUCAAUGAGCCCGACAAGUGCCGGGAGGGCAACCCAGAGCCCUUCCUGGUGCUGCUGAUAGCCACGGAGGCCAAUCAGGUGGAAGCCAGGGAGACCAUUCGGCAGACCUGGGGGAACGAGAGCAUGGUCCCGGGCCUAAGCUUUGUUAGGCUCUUCCUGUUAGGCGUAAAGGAGGGCAGGGUGGGCCGCCUGCAGCAGAGCAGCCUGGAGGCCGAGAGCCGGAGGCACCGUGACAUCAUCCAGCAGGAUUACAUGGACACUUACAACAACCUGACUAUAAAAACCCUGAUGGGCAUGCACUGGGUGUCCACGCACUGCCCGGGCACCAACUAUGUCAUGAAGACAGACAGUGACAUGUUUGUCAACACAGAGUAUCUCGUGCACAAGCUGCUCCAGCCAGAGAUGCACCCCAAACGGGACUAUAUUACGGGCUACCUGAUGAGGGGCUAUGCACCCAACAGGAACAAGAAUAGCAAGUGGUACAUGCCCUCCGAGCUGUACCCCAGUGAGGUGUACCCUACUUUCUGCUCAGGAACGGGCUAUGUGUUCUCAGGGGACCUGGCUGGAAAGAUAUACAGGGCCUCCCUGGGUAUCCGCAGGCUGCAUCUGGAGGACGUUUACGUGGGCAUCUGCCUGGCCAAGCUGAGGAUCGAACCCACGCCGCCGCCUAAUGAGUUCCUGUUCAACCACUGGCGGGUGUCCUACUCCAGCUGCAAGUAUAGCCACCUCAUAACCUCCCACCAGUUUCACCCCAACGAACUGCUCAAGUACUGGCACCACCUGCAGAGCAACAAGCACAACGCCUGCAUCAACACGUCCAAAGACAAGGUGGGCAGGUUUCAGAGGAAACUGCAGGGUGUACAGCCUAUUUGGUGACAGAGGGUUGAGUGUGAUGUUAGGUCAUUGCCUGUGCAGGAGUCACUGGGCAAGAGAUGAGUCAAGCAUGUUUUUGGACAAACUAAUGCUUGAAGACAAAAAAAAAUUUAAACUACAGUUUAUAUUCAAGUUUAAUACAUUCAUUGAUUGAAAUAAUAUAUGCAUUGGGGUACAGAGGAACACAUCACUUAUGUGAAAUGUGGGUGCUGUUUAUUAUGAGGAUAUAUCUUAAGACUAUUGGUGGACUGUCACCGUCUAGUAUCCAUUUUGUUCAACUUGAGUUUAAAUACUUUUCCUUUUAACCCCCUAAGGUUGAAUCGAAGAACCAUAAUAAAAAAAGAUCUGUAAGUUUCAGCUAGA